CCUUCAACAAAAAAAGAGGUUGAUAUUUUUAAACAUGCAGUCACACUUUUUCUACAAAAACCAUCCAUUUUUACUUUUGCCUGAGCACAUAUAAAUAGCGGACAACGUACCACCUAAAAGGUCACUUCAACUUUUACAAGAGUUCUACAUCAUCUCAUUGGUAAUCUGUGUUAUAGUAUAGUAGUUGUAGUAUUAACAAGCGUUUACUACACUUUUUCGACUCUUUCUUUCUUUCUUUCUUUCUUUCUUUCUUUCUUUCUUUCUUUCUCUCUCUCUCGGUAUAGCUUCUGGUUAGAAAAAAAAGUGUUUUGCAAUGGAUAAACUUCAAUACAGUAAACUAUGUGAAACUGCACUUGAACCUUAUCGGUCUAGUGACCAGAGCUCCGGAUACGAUUUGGCAAGUUCUUCAAGUGAACCCAUUAUUAUUCCACCUGCGGGUGGUCAAGCAAUCAUUCCGACAGGAAUUGCUAUUGCACUGCCUGCCGGAUACACUGGAAGAAUUGCUUCACGUUCAUCUUUGUCAUGUAUACAUCAUGUUGAAGUAGGUGCUGGUGUUAUUGAUGCUGAUUACCGUGGUAACAUACAUGUUGUCCUGUACAAUCAUCAUUCCAGUGAACCUUUCACUGUAAAUUGUGGUGAUCGAAUUGGCCAACUGUUAAUUGAGAAAGUAUUCCAUCCACAGUUUGAAGCCAUUGAGCCUGAUCAAAUAUUGAAUACUACGGAUCGCGCCUCGAAAGGACUUGGAAAUCAAACCAACGUUUAAAUUUGGUGUUGAAAAACAUCCAAACAACUAAUGUCAACUAAUUAGAUUACCAUUCAGUUCAUCCAAUAUGCAAGUCAUAAUAUUAGUAGUAGUAGUUGUUGUUGUAGUUUGGAUGUUUUAACAAACACACACACACACACACAGAGACACUUACACACACACUUGCACACAUUUUAUAACUAUUUUAUAUUGCUGAUUGAUUUGUUAAACUGCAAAAAAGGGCAGACUUUAAGACGCCUCCGGAACCAGAUGAUUUCUCGGGAUUGGUGAUUAGUGGUUUAAUGAUUCAUUAAUAAUUUUGUCGUGUGUGUGUGUGUGUGUGGAUGUGUACGUAGGUCAAACAUUGCACUAGUUGCUUUCCGCUUUUUCUUUGAUUAUUAUUUGAUUAUUUUCUUUUUUGCUUAUCCUGAUAUUUACGUCAAAUACGUCAUAAUACGUCACCAUUCUCAGUAAUCUCCAUUAAAACAUAAAAACAUCUACAUUCUCACAAAAAUUUAGAGCCCUUCUACCUGAUGACUCACGUCAAAAACUCAAACACAUACACAUACACAAUAUUUUUUCAUGUAUUGCUUCAAAUUUACUGAAAAACAAUAAAGCAUUAUACAUUA